UCAAUUUUCAAAUCUAUUUCAACUCAAUCCCUAGAUUCCUCACAAUUCGUCCUUAUCAAUUUCAUCAAUUCGCGUCUCUUACUCUUCACUUUCCAUUUUUUCUUCUCCAACAUCUCACAGAAUCAAAAGGGAAAAACCCUUUAAGCCCACUUCAUCGAAAAUGAAUGAUCUAAUGACAAAAUCGUUCACCAGCUAUGUUGAUCUAAAAAAAGCAGCUAUGAAAGAUGAAGUUGAUUUAGAAGCUGGUCUUCAAAAACAAGGUGUUAAUGAUGUUGAGUUAACAAGAUCUUCGAUAACCCAUUUGGAAACUGAUAUGAAUUUGUUCUUAGAAGAGGCAGAGAAAGUAAGAACAGAAAUGGGUGAAAUUCGUGAUGUUCUAACGAAGCUUCAACAAGCUAAUGAAGAGAGCAAGUCACUUCACAAAACUGAUGCUUUGAAAUCGUUGAGAGAAAGAAUCAAUACUGAUAUUGUAACUGUUUUGAAGAAAGCAAGAUGUAUUAGGACUCAAUUAGAAGAAAUGGAUCGUGCUAAUGAUGCUAAUAGAAGACUCUCCGGACUUAAAGAUGGUUCACCAGCAAUUUAUCGAACAAGAAUUGCGGUUACCAAUGGAUUGCGUAAGAAGCUCAAGGAGCUCAUGAUGGAGUUUCAGGGACUGAGGCAGAGAAUGAUGAGUGAAUACAAAGAGACAGUAGGGAGGAGAUACUAUACAGUGACAGGUGAACAUGCUGAUGAAGAGGUGAUUGAUAAGAUAAUAUCAAAUGGAGAUGAUGAAAGUUUUCUAGGAAAGGCAAUACAAGAGCAUGGAAGAGGAAAGGUUCUUGAAACUGUGGUUGAGAUACAAGACAGACACGAUGCUGCGAAAGAGAUUGAGAAGAGUUUGUUGGAACUCCAUCAAGUGUUUUUGGACAUGGCUGUUAUGGUUGAAGCACAAGGUGAGAAAAUGGAUGAUAUAGAACAUCAUGUUCUUCAUUCUUCUCAUUAUGUUAAAGAUGGUACAAAGAAUCUUCAUAGUGCUAAGCAAUAUCAGAAAAGUGGGAGGAAGUGGAUGUGCAUUGGGAUUAUACUUUUGCUUAUUCUGAUUCUGGUUAUUGUUAUUCCCAUUGUCACCAGUUUGAGCAGUUCUUGAGAUUCUUGUUUCAUGUGUUAUGAAGAGAUUCAAUAUCUGAUGUGUUGAUGAUGAUUACUGUUGUUUCUAGUUUUUGGUGUCUUGGGUGAGUUGUGUACGACUAAUCGUCGUUUGAAUUGCCUUGUGUUUUCAUAUAAUUGUGCUUAGAUUGUAUGAUGAUGCAAUUCAUCUUAUAUUCAUGUAAACUCUUUACAAAUUAGAAAUAUAAUUGUUGUUCUAUAAUAUGUUGAU